AAAAAAUUUAUAAAGACUAAGCCAAAACAAAAUAUUUGUGAAUAAAAUGAACUUUCAAAGACAAUGACAAACAUUUACUCAAACAAAAAAUCAGUGGAACUUGUUAAAGAUGUCUGUUUGUGGGUUCUAUUAUUUUUGAUGCAAAUAUUUUCAGUCAACGGCACCAUAUCAGAAAUAAAAGUGACUCCCAUUUUGAAGGCGAAAAACCAUGGAAAUUUUGUGCAAUUUGAGAUAAAAUGGAAUUCUUCAUUACCGAGUAAUGGAAUUUCAUAUGACAUUAUUAUCACAACUUUGACACACGAUUCGAGCAAAACCUACUGUCAGAGUGAUAUUUGCUCCGAAUAUAGCUACACCAAAGGAACGACAAUAAUUUUGCCAGAAUACCCGGAAAUCAAGGAUCAUGGAGAGUGUAUAUUAAAAUUGGGCUGUGAUUAUCACAUUUUAAUUGAAACGUCCGACAAACGUUUUAAUCAGACUACUAACUAUAGCGUUGAUGAUUGCAUCAAUGGCAUCUGUUCGUGCUAUCAUGAAUUUUUUCUGCCGAAAGUGGAUAAGUUUGCAGCGGAAUUUAAUACAGCAGCAACCGAAUUACAAGUUAGGUUUAGCUAUGACAACGUUUUCAACUAUCACAAUGUUGCAGCUCAUUUGGAGGCAAUACGAUUAAGAUUAUUAAAACCAAUUAAGGCAAACAGUCAUUUAGCAUGGGGCGGUCGCACCGAAGAAAUUUUCGACAACAUUUUCAUGUUGAAAUCGUAUCAAAAUCGAACAAAAAAGGUCAUUCGAGAAUCAUUCAUAUUACCGUUAAAUAAUUCGAAUAGUUUGAAACGGAAUCAAAGCUACAUAUUGCGCGCCACACUAAUCGACAACCGGGAUUGCGAAGGAAGAAUACAGGACACUAUAAUUUACCUUCCAUUGGUCACAAAUCAACACAUUUCCAACAAUGUGACACUCAAUUCGCAUUAUAAUUGGAUAAUUUUUGCUGUAACUUCGACAACCAUUUCCGUGACAUUUCUCUGUGUUAUCGGCAUCAUUUGUUUCAAUAAAUACAGAAAAUCUAGAAAAAUUGUGAAUAACUGGCGAGGCGUUUAUAAAAAUGUUCCAACAACAAUAAGCCGAACAUCAAUGAACAUUCAAAUGCAGGAAAAUGCACUUUAUAUUGAGAAAGAAAUCUUGGAUGCAAAGGCACGUGGCGAACUCGAUAUUCUUGAGAUUCCGCAUGCAGCCGUGAGAAUCGGCAAAGAAAUCGGAAAGGGUGCUUUCGGCAGAGUAUUUUGCGCCACAGCCCUUGGUAUUCCCGGGAAAAAAUGUCCAACGGUAGUUGCAGUGAAACAGUUAAAACGACGUCCAUCAACCGACGAGCUCGAGGAAUUUCUCGGAGAAAUUGCCACGAUGAAAAAAGUGGGAAAGCAUCCUAAUAUCGUUAGUUUGAUGGGUUUCUGUACCGUCAAGCAACCACUGAUGAUGAUAAUGGAGUUUGUUGGAUGCGGAGAUUUGUUGGGUUACUUGAGGAAAAUUCGAGAAAAGCGUGUCGAAUUGUUGAAACAUUUAAAUUGGGAUCCAAAUGUGAGCUCGAAAACUCCCUGCACAAAUCAUAACGAAAAAUCAUCAAGUUCCAAUAGCAGAAGCUCGUAUUCUCAUUCGAUAUUUAACAACAACAGUGAAAAUAGGAAACGAUGCAGUUAUGCAGAUAUGUUUCAUCAAACAUCAAUUAGCUCAGAAACGAGUUCGUUUAUUACGCAACCUGACACCAUAGUCAUACAAGCACCAUCUUCAUCUGUUGCGGAUACCGUGACAACAUUACUAGGAUCGGAAUUGGAGGCAUCUUCAUUAUUGCAAUAUUCAGAGAAACAAGGUCAAUUAUCCGACUGCUUAAACUACGUCCUGGAUCACAAUGAGCUACACAGUUUCGCCAUACAAAUUGCUCGUGGCAUGAGUCAUUUGGAAGAAAAGAAGAUUACUCACAGAGAUUUAGCGGCACGCAACAUUUUAAUUGACGAGCACAAAUGCUUGAAAAUAUCCGAUUUCGGGUUAUCGCGAACCGGCAUCUACAUCAACACGAAAAAUAAACGGGUGCCUUUGCGUUGGCUGUCACUCGAAGCGAUACGGGACAACUUGUACUCGAGUAAAAGUGAUGUGUGGGCUUACGGGAUCGUAUUAUGGGAAAUUGGAACGUUGGGAGGAUUUCCCUAUCCAACGGUUUGUAAUACGGAAAUUUUGAGCUUUUUAUCGUCCGGCAAGCGACUCGAACGACCGGAAAACUGCACCGAACAAUUGUACGACUUGAUGUUGCAAUGCUGGUCUGCGAAUCCGAACGACAGACCGGAUUUUCGUGGCAUCCUGAGUCAAUUGGAUCCACAAAAGCAACCAAUUUACAUAGAUUUUAAUGAACUAGAUCCUAAUUAUGCAUUCCCACCGACCGUUGAUGAAGUUGGUAAUAUUCAUUUGAAUAACGCCAACCACGGCAGCAGUGAUAGUAGUAAUUUUAAGCGGUAAACAGAGGAUUAUUACACUCAGAUUAUGAAUGCAGAACAAGUGAACUAUAAUGAAAACUUAAUUUAUUUACUUUGUAAUUCAUCAAGUGUUUUUAAUGUGGAAAGUUUUGAACGUGAGUUCUAAAGUAAUGUAAGAAGUAGUUGAAAUUUUAUGGUUUCGUGUACCCAUCUAUACCAAAACGUAAAAUUAACAAGUCUUCCUUUCCAAAAUAAAAUUAUUAAAAUUAUUUUGUCAAAGAAAAAAAAAUAAAAAAAAUAAUUGUAAAUUUUUAAAGGUUUCCAUG